CGACACAUCGCUGCAAAUAUGGGCUCGAUAAACGACCUUGGACAAGCACGGGAGCACAUGAGGGGUCAAGGCUGGUGCGUGAUUCCCGAUGUGCUCAGCAAGCAAGAGACGAAAGUAGUGCUUGAUGAGCUCUGGUCUGCAGCAGCGAAAGCCAACGAGCGUGGCGAAGACACAAUUCUACCAUUCCUCGAUCCCAAUGAAAGCAACGGUCGGGUCUUCUACCUUCUCGAACAUGAGAUCUUCCGAAGGCUUAUCACCCACGAGACGGCGAUUGAAAUGGUGAAGAGCGUGCUCGGCGAGAAUUUCCUCAUCAGCAAUUUCACCGCAAACAUCGCCCGGCCAGGGGGCAAGUCUAUGGGUUUACACUCUGAUCAGUCGCUUGUGACCCCGGACCCAUGGACUCGGAUCGAAGCUAUGAAUGUGAUGUGGUGCUUGACUGAUGUCUAUUCCGAGAAUGGCGCAACUUUGUGUAUUCCAGGGUCGGAUGAGUGGCAGACUCGCGACGACAUUCCCAAAGGCGCCAAAGAAAGGCUUCGACCAUUCGAAGCAAAGGCUGGCUCGAUCGUCGUUAUGGACGGCACCGUGUGGCAUACGUCGGGCGCCAACAUCACUCAGGAUCAAGAUCGUGCCCUGCUUUUUGGUUACUACACCAAGCCACAUCUUCGACAACAGGUGAACUGGACCAGAAAGCUUAGCCCAGAAGUCAAAGCCUCUCUGUCACCUGAAAUGGAAGAAUGGCUCGGUCUCGGUGUGACUGCGAACCUGGGAGAGGCCAUUAUGCAUCUCAAGUAUCUAGACGACCAAUUUGCUGAGGAUGGAGGCUCGGGGGCGAAUGCAGCGGCUGCUUUCGCGAGCUCCUCCCAUAUUAAAUAG